AUGACUCUGGAGUACCACGGUUCCAUUCAGUUAGUUGGUUCAUCUCAGCCUACCGUGGCGCUGGUUGGCGAUGACAUCAUGCUGCCAUGUUACUUGGACCCCUCCAUGAAUGCCUCUGACAGGACAGUGGAGUGGACAAAACAUGGGUUGGAGCCCAGAUUUGUUUAUGUGUGGCGUGAUGGUGGUGAACUGGAAAGCAAAAAGAAUCCAUCGUACAAAGGAAGAACUUCAUUAUCCAUCCACAAACUGAAGCAUGGAGACGUUUCACUGAAUCUGUUGAGAGUGAAACUUUCUGAUAGGGGAAGAUUCAGAUGCUUCGUUCCAGAUAUAAGCGAAACUUUAAUUGAGCUUGUUGUUGGUGUUGUGUCCUCACCCGUCAUCGUGAGCAUUCAGAAAGCCGAGGCUGGAGUGACAUUACAGUGUGAGUCUGCAGGCUGGUAUCCAGAGCCUGAGCUGCUGUGGUUGGACGCUGAGGGAAACCUCCUCUCUGCUGGACCUACAGAGACCCUCAGAGGUCCUGAUGACCUCUCUACUGUCAGCAGCAGAGUGACUGUGGAGAAGAGACACAGCAACAACAUCACCUGCAGAGUCCAACAGAAGAUCAUCAACCAGAGCAGAGAGACACACAUCUACAUUUCUGAUGACUUCUUCACGGCCCCGCCAGGAUCAGCAGUUUAUGUCAGCUUCCUCAUUAUCUUGGUGCUUUCCGUUCUUUGCAUUCUUGCAGUGAUCUUUAUUUGCUGGAUGCAGAAAAGAAAAGCAUCAUAUCAGCUCACUUCCUGUUCCAGAGCACAGCGUGUUUUGCUGUAUCUGUCAACUGUUUAA